ACAUACAUAGCACUUGAGAAAGAGAGACACGUCAGAAUAAAUCUAUAUUUGUUAAAUUAUUUACACAACUAUUUCCCUUAUUGAAUAUUAAUCCGAAUACGUUUUACCAUGAAAUGUAUCCUAGUGACUGUAAUGCUGACGCUCUAUCUAGCUUAUUUAGUUAUGGCAUUGCCUGUAACGAAAAAUAAAAGGGAGGAAAAUAGCAAGGAGCCAAGCAGCACAACAGACACAGCUGACGUAGAAGCUGCAUUGGAAUAUGAACGGUAUUUACGCGAAGUUGUGGAAGCCUUAGAAACUGAUCCAGAGUUUAGGAAGAAAUUGGACAAAGCACCUGAGGCCGACAUACGCAGUGGGAAAAUUGCACAAGAGCUUGAUUAUGUAAAUCAUCAUGUGCGAACAAAACUGGAUGAAAUAAAACGUCGUGAGUUGGAGCGUUUGCGUGAACUGGCCAAUAGAGAAUUCGAGCUUAGUAAUGACAUUGAUCGCAACCAUUUAAAAGUACCACAACAUUUGGAUCACGGCAAUGAACAUACUUUCGAAAUCGAAGAUUUGCGUAAACUGAUUCAGAAAACCUCUGACGAUUUGGCUGAGGCCGAUCGUAAACGACGUGGUGAGUUCAAGGAGUACGAAAUGCAAAAGGAAUUUGAGCGGGAAGCGCAAAAAAAAGUAAUGGAUGAAGAGUCUCGAAAAAAAUUCGAUGCAGAAAUAAAAGAAAAGGAACAAAAACAUAAGCAGCACGAGAAAGUCCAUCAUCCAGGUAACAAAGCGCAAUUAGAGGAAGUCUGGGAGAAGCAGGAUCACAUGGAUAAGGACGAUUUCAAUCCAAAAACCUUCUUUUCCAUUCAUGACAUUGACAGCAAUGGAUUUUGGGACGAAGCUGAAGUAAAGGCACUCUUCGUCAAGGAACUGGACAAAGUAUACCAAAGUAAUUUACCCGAAGAUGACAUGCGCGAGCGCGCUGAAGAAAUGGAACGCAUGCGAGAGCAUUACUUUCAGGAAACUGACACUAAUCAUGACGGACUUAUCAGUAUGGAUGAAUUCAUGCAACAGACCUCAAAGGAAGAGUUUCAGAAAGACCCUGAGUGGAAGACUAUUGAUCAACAGCCUCAAUUUACACAUGAGGAGUACUUGGAGUUUGAGCGACGACGCCAGGAAGAAGUACAAAACAUGAUUGCUCAAGGCCAACUACCCCCACAUCCCAACAUGCCGCAAGGCUACUACGCAGUCCCACCAGCAUCAUUUCAAGCACCUGCGCAAGGUGCUCAAAUGCAUUAUCAGCAACCGAAUCAAUUACUUGAGCAGCAGCAGCAACAGUAUCAUCAUCAACAGCAGCAAUACGCUCAACAGCAACAGCAACAGUAUGGCGGGUCGCAGCCCGUUCCAGCUUAUCAGCAUCAACAGCCGCAGCCGCUCAUAUAUCAGCAACCAAGCCAGCAGCAGCAGCCACUGCCUACUUAUCGGCACGUACAACAUAAUGGUCAUCCUGAGCAAGUUUCUCUGCUUCAACAGAGCAAUAGUGAGACACCUUCACUUGUGCAAAAGCAGCAGCCUCAAGACAAAUUGCAGAAUGUCCACACAACAUCAGCAAAGAUCCCAACAACAAAAUGAAGAGCAUUAAACUAAUCAUUCCAUAAUUGCAUAUUCCGUAAAACAAAACUAUAAUUUAAAUUUUCGGUGAUUUAAAAAACUACCAGUUUAUGUAUUUCAUUCAAAAAUUAGCUGUUGAGUACAGCAAUGUUUUACCAUAACAGUUUUUUGUAUGCUUCUCAAAUAUACUUGAAAAUAAUAAAUAAUAUACGUUGAUAACAA